UGAAACGGCACGUGUCACCUCUUUCCCGUUCUAAACCUCUGCAAAACCUAAUCAUUCUCUCUUUCGAUUCUUCAGAAACCUCAAACAACGAGCUAUGCAAUAUCAAUGGCGAUAUUCAGAUCACUGAAAGCCCUAAUCACUCGAAACGCGAAUACUUCUUCCAGAUUCUUCCCUCCUCUCCCUCUCUCUUCUUCUUCAACUCCAUUCCCAUUCCCAUCCCCUCCUCUCUCCUCCCUUCUCUCACAUCCCUCUAUCUCUUCUUCUCGCUCAACAUUGCUCUCUCCACUGUCCAAAUGGAUUCCAUUCCACGGCCCUCUCUUCCUCUCUUCUCCUCCAUGGAUGCUCUCUCAGUCCGCCACGCCGCUCUACGCCCAAUCCGACGCCGUUCUUCUCCAAAAGGUCGAAGCAUUGAAUUUGCUUCACAGGCGAAGCUUUCCGAGUGCUUUAGGGUUUGGAUCAGUUUCGACCGUUCCGCGGUUAUUGAAUAGGACUGAUACGGAGGAAUCAAGCCAGGGCGAGAUCAGCGUCUGUCGUGGCGGCUUUGUGGAGAGUUUCGUGAAUUUGCCGAAUUCAAUUUCAAUGAUUCGAUUGCUGUCUGGUCCAUUGCUUGGAUGGAUGAUCAUGCAGGAUAUGUACCUUCCUGGAUUUGUUGGUUUGGCUAUAUCUGGUGCAACUGACUGGCUAGAUGGAUACAUGGCUAGGAAGAUGAGAAUCAAUUCUGUGGUUGGUUCCUACCUCGAUCCUCUUGCUGAUAAGGUUUUGAUAGGAUGUGUUGCAUUGGCAAUGGUAGAUAAGGGUCUUCUGCACCCUGGGCUUGUUGGACUCGUCGUGUUGCGAGAUGUUGCCCUCGUUGGUGCUGCAGUUUAUCAACGAGCUAGCAGCUUGGAUUGGAAGUGGAAAAGCUGGUUAGACUUCUUCAACCUUGAUGGCACCCAUCCCCAGAAAGUUGAGCCUCUCUUAAUUAGCAAAGUUAAUACAGUUUUCCAAUUGGUCUUAGUUGCUGCAGCUCUUCUUCAGCCGGAGUUUGGUAACCCUGAAACUCAGGCAUACAUCACAUAUUUGAGUUGGUUAGUAGCUACAACAACAGUGGCUUCCACUGCAGCAUAUGGAGUGCAACACCUGAGAAACAGAUCUUUAUUGAUCAGAAAGAAUAUCUAGUCUGAAAUGUGGAGCACAGGCCUUUACUGAGAAAACACCUUGAAUUUACUGUAAUAACCAAGUGGGGUGUCAGUUUCAUGUUCCUUUGAAGAAGGGAGAAUUUUUAUAAGCUUUGUAUAUAUACCUACCCGGGUGCAGGAAAAGGAAAAUACCGUCAUUGAGAUACUGGCUGCUCCACAAUUCUGAGGCGGGCAAACUUUGAAGAUAUGUAUUCUAUGCUCAGAUGAUUUGAUCCUGGUGACGAAAUGAGCAGAAGUAACAAGCUGAUGUAACAUUAUCCUUCGAAAAUAAAGCCAAAUUUUAUAGCGAUAUUCUAGAUAUUUAGAUUUUUCUUUCAUAAGAGAGACUUGGGGGUUUAAAACCCGACUUUCAAGUUGUGGUGUCCUUUUGGAUGCUGUUAUACAAAAUUGUAGUCUUACUAGAAAUUUAUGGUCCCUGAUUCAAUAAAAACCUUUGUUGUCUCGGCA